CCGGAUGAUACACCCGUAUAUACAAGUCCGUAUAUCCGGAUGUAUCCAUCCGCUUUGCUAAAUUGACAACGAUGGCACCGUCGGGGGCUCCCCAUGGCGUGCGGGAGACGCCUCUUACCGCUGCGCAGGACGCGCUUCUGCACUCUCUAGAGCGUCAAGUGCAGCUCAAAACGCAGGCGGAGACACACGCAUCGCUUCUGCGAUCGCAACGGCAUCCAGAGGCUCCCGAGACGCUUCGAGAGUUCGUUGCGCAGCGUCAGAACUCGUCUUCGCGUAACAAUAAAUCUUCCGUCCAGUUGGACCCUUCGUUCGUCCAUCUGUCCUCUCACGUGGACCAGUGUAUGUCUGAAUGGACCUCUUUGUACGCCCAUGCUCAUGCUUCCCAAGCGCUGGUGGCCGAAAUGGAGGCGAGUCACGUCCAAGUCGCUGCCAAAACGCAGUCGUUGUAUCGGAGCUUCGAGGACGUCUUGCAACAAGUGGAGGCUCUGGACGCCCGAGUGGCAGCCAUUGCCGCCCCCAUGCCUCACUUUACAGCCAUAGACGACGUAGCCCACGCCUUAGGCUUCGGCGUCAAGUUCGCUGCUCCUUCUAGCGGAUCUGCAGGCCACGUCCUAAUGGAGAGAACAUCCAGACCUAGAACUUCUUCAGUUUCGACGGAUUCCAGCAAGGCGGUGCAGGUUUUCCAGCAUCGACGGGGAAUUGACCCCACAACUCCAACGUUUGAACAGGCAUUGGAGAAGAUCGACGAGUGUAUAGUGUAUCUAACGCAACACUUAGAGUACAAGGACUCGGCGUGUUUUAUUGAAGCUUACAAGACACUAGCAUCGGGGGGCAUUCAGGGGCUAAAAGACUAUGCGUUGAGUGGCCUGGAGGCUGCAAAAGAUGCCGUGUAUGAGGCAGUUCAGAAGGACACGCUGGCUGCACAACAGAGCGGCGUGGCGACCUCGUUUGUGGCGCAACUGGAUGAAACUUCGCCCUACUAUGUGAAUUUCCAGCUCGUGGCGCCGGCACUGGCUGCUGUGGCGAAGCAACUCGAACGUCUGAACACUCAACCACAAGAUAGCGCCGAGAAUCUGCGUGUACUGGGAGAAGUAGCCGACGCGUAUGCUAUUCAGCGAGUGCAGUUGUUGUCUCCGGUGCUUGGAGCAUGGCUGGACGCUGUAUCUCAAACGUCUGACAUCGUCAACGUGCUCCGUGCGAGUUGUGCUCAACUACUGAAGGUGUGCGAGGCCGAGUUUCGACUGUUCCUUAAGUUAUUCGGCCACGAUCCAAGUGACGAACUCUUCACGUUCUCUGGCGUUGAUAUGAGUCUUGGAGAGGACGCUCAAGGUGAAGAAGACAACGAAAACGCAUUCGAACGCCUCAUCUUCCAGUUGAGUGGACUACUAUACAACACAGUGCGACCUCAGUUUCUCGCCCAGAAGGAUCUGGAGGUUUUGUGUGAAGUCAUUCAAGUGCUAAGAAGCGAGGUGAUUGAGGCAGCCAUUACCCCUCGUGUAGCGCUCGUCGGAUACGCAGAGCCAGUGAUGCAUCGUAUGAUCCAAGACGCUCAGGAGCGACUCAUCCUGUGCAUGCAAAAGUACAUCCGCGACGAGAUUGAAGGCUUUGUGCCCACUCCUGCUGACCUUGACUAUCCAGCCAAACUGGUAGCCGCAGAGCAGGCCGGUGCGUCAUUGUAUGCCACAUGGUAUCCGUCACUGGAGCACACGUUGAUGUGUCUAUCGAAGGGAUAUCACUUCGUCAAGAUGGAGAUUUUCGAGGAGCUAGCACAGGACGCUAUUCAGAUCUGCGCGGCGUCGUUGAAAAUGGCUUCGGCUGACAUCACAGCGACUCAGGGUGGUCUGCACGGCUCACUCUUCCUGGUGAAGCAUUUACUUACACUACGCGAACAGAUCACACCUUUCGAGAUUCAAUUCGCACAACGGAGCAAGGCGCUGGACUUCACCAGCAGCGCAGACGCCAUGAACGAGCUGCUUAUAGACGCGUCGACGCUGUUCCGGUUCUCUGGACCGAAUGGGAUUGUUGGUCUCUUUACUCGUGGCAUCCCUCAGAUCCAAGAGACGACGGCAGAUGUGAAGAAGGAGCUGGAACAAGAGCUUAAGAAGAGCUGCACGGCGUUCAUCGAGAUUGUGCUACAGCAGUUGGCUCAGCCACUACUCGCACUGAUGAAGCAGAUCGCUCAAGUGCAGCAAUCCCAGAAAGCCACGGCACUAGACUUCCGUCAGUGUGCGUUCACUACACCGACGGAGGUUAACAAUGUGCUCACAAGUGUCUCGCAUCAGCUGCGUGAAACGUUACCAGAUAUUCUGCAGACUAUUCGCCUUUACCUUCGCAACGCAUCAACCGAGACGAUUUUGUUUAAACCCGUACAGCGGAAUCUGCUGGAUGCGGUGGAAAAUCUUAAUUCGCUGAUGGAGCAGACGUACACACGCGAGGAGCUUCAGCCUUGUGAAGAAGUUUUUGCUGUUGUGAUGCAGCAAUUGCAGGCUUUGUGAAGACGGGAUCACAGUGGUAAAAAUUAUCAGUCUGUGAGAAUUUGAUGAGAAUACAAUUGUCUAGUCCUGUCCGAUACAACUGGGCAUCGCCGCAAUUGUUUUACCGUGGUUGAUGGCCUUGUCUUUCUCUUGGGGUUGCUUGUGAAGAGCUCG